CGGAAGUUGAGACCACCUUCAGCUGCGCCCCAGCAGCGUAAGGUCACGGCGGGAAUUAAAGGGUGGCCGAGUGAGUCAGUUCCGAAGGCUCGAAACUGCGGGCGCGCGAGGUGUGCGGGGCCUGGGGUGGGAGUCCCGUGCCGGAAAUAAAGGGGCGACCACAGGGCCUCACGGCGAGGAGGAAACUGCGGGGCCGCAGUUCCGGGCGACCCCACUUCCGACGCGAUCUCAGGGGCGGAGCUUCCCCAGGUGGCGGGGGCGCGGUGGGGCUCCCCCAGGUGGCAGGGGCGGGGCACACGACCUGGGUGGAGGCGGAGGCGGGGCGGCUGAACCCCGCCUCCCGCGCCUUCUUGCCGGCGGGCUCCCGGCACACCCGAACGCUGCUCCGCUCCCGCCGCGGUUGGGGGCCAUGGACCUCAGGCCUGCCGCGAUCCCCCGCGAGCCCGCCCCGUCUGCAGCUUGACGGAGAGCCAGAUGGUCACCAUGGGCCAGUGCUACUACAAUGAGACCAUCGGCUUUUUCUACAACAACAGUGGCAAAGAGCUCAGCUCUUAUUGGCGGCCCAAGGAUGUGGUGGUGGUGGCACUGGGGUUGACAGUCAGUGUGCUGGUGCUACUGACCAACUUGCUGGUUAUUGCAGCCAUCGCCUCCAAUCGCCGCUUCCACCAGCCCAUCUACUACCUGCUUGGCAACCUGGCUGCAGCAGACCUGUUUGCUGGUGUGGCUUACCUCUUCCUCAUGUUCCACACAGGCCCACGCACAGCCCGGCUCUCACUCAAGGGCUGGUUCCUGCGACAGGGCCUGCUGGACACAAGCCUGACAGCGUCAGUGGCCACACUGCUGGCCAUUGCCGUGGAGCGGCAUCGCAGUGUGAUGGCUGUGCAGCUGCACAGCCGCCUGCCCCGUGGCCGAGUUGUCAUGCUUAUUGUGGGUGUGUGGGUGGCUGCACUGGGCCUGGGGCUAUUGCCUGCCCACUCCUGGCACUGUCUCUGUGCCCUGGACCGCUGUUCACGCAUGGCUCCCCUGCUCAGCCGCUCCUACCUAGCUGUGUGGGCCCUAUCCAGCCUGCUUGUCUUCCUGCUCAUGGUAGCUGUCUACACCCGCAUUUUCUUCUACGUGCGUAGGCGUGUGCAGCGCAUGGCCGAGCAUGUAAGCUGCCACCCCCGCUACCGAGAGACCACACUCAGCCUGGUCAAGACUGUUGUCAUCAUCCUUGGGGCAUUCGUGGUCUGCUGGACACCCGGCCAGGUGGUGCUGCUCCUGGAUGGUCUGGACUGCAAGUCCUGCAAUGUCCUGGCUGUGGAGAAGUAUUUCCUGCUUUUGGCUGAGUCCAAUUCACUAGUCAAUGCGGCAGUGUACUCAUGCCGAGAUGCUGAGAUGCGCCGUACCUUCCGCCGUCUCCUCUGCUGUGUGUGCCUCCGCCGGUCCUCCCACAAGUCUGCCCACUAUACGUCAUCUGCCCGGACAGGUGCCAGUACUCGCAUCAUGCUUCCUGAGAAUGGCCACCCUCUGAUGGACUCUACCCUUUAGCUACCUUGGACAGGCUGUAGCUCUUGACAACUCAUGGAUACACCUGGCUUAUCCCAACCAGCAGGACAGAUGUAAAGACAGACCCAUGGUCUGGCAUAGCACAGCAGCACUCCCCAGGCAUGCAACUCUGCCUGCCCGGGGC